AUCUUAGUAGUGCAAUCACAAGUGCAGAAAUUGAAACAAUAAUCAAAACCCUCUCCAAAAACAAAAGGCCAGGUCCAGAUGGCUAUACUAAUGAAUUUUAUAAAACAUUCAAAGAACUAACACCCAUUUUCUUUAAACUCUUCCAGAAAAUUAAAGAAGAGGGAACACCACCAAACUCAUUUUAUGAGGCUACUAUCACUCUGAUACCCAAAGCAGGAAAUGAUCUCACCAAAAAAGAAAACUAUAGACCUACAUCCCUGAUGAACAUUGAUGCAAAGAUCCUCAACCAAAUCAUGGCUAAUCAAAUCCAUCAGGACCAGCAUGUGGACCUUCCUGGUGAGACCUGUGGGCGUCCUAUGCCUGUCUUCAGUGUUUUUGGUAAUGACUCAACUUGAAAGAAGCUUCUCAAAAAAGAUUAAUAAUGUUCCCCUUACUCCUUACCACAUGAAGAAUCGUAAAGUGGGACUGAAAGCUGAGGACUCCAAGUUCACAUUAGAGGGCAUUCCAUUCCAGAUCCUAUCAGGAACCAUCCACUACUUCCGGGUGCCCAGAGAGUACUGGAAGAACAGCUUGCAAAAGCUUCAGGCUUGUGGUUUUAACACUGUCACCAUUUAUAUUCCCUGGAACCUUCAUGAACCAAGAAGAGACUUAUUUGAUUUUGCUCAUAACCUGGACUUGAGGGCUUUUUUAACCAUGGCUUCAGAAGUGGGACUAUGGGUCAUUCUGAGCCCAGGCCCCUACAUUGGAAGUGACUUAGACCUUGGAGGCUUACCCAGCUGGUUACUAAGUGAUCCAAACAUGAAGCUGAGAACAACUUACAAGGGCUUCACUAAAGCAGUGAAUCACUAUUUUAAUACGCUGAUUCCCAAGAUAGAAUCACUUCAGUACAAAGAGGGAGGCCCCAUCAUUGCUGUGCAGGUCGAGAAUGAAUAUGGUGCUUAUCAUCUGGAUAAGCACUACCUGCCAUAUCUUAAAAAGGCCCUGCAGAUAAGAGGGAUCAAGGAGCUUCUCAUGACUGCUGAUGCUGGGCAAGAUCUGAGAAACGGCCAUCUAAAAAACGUACUCGCCACUCUUCACAUGAAGAAUAUUAAAAAAAACACAUAUGAGACCCUCUCUUCAAUUCAGGGCCGUCAUCCCAUAUUGAUGAUGUUGUACACAGCAAAGUCUUUGGAUUCGUGGGGCAUUGUCCGAAACACUCUGGAUUCACAUGUGAUAAUGGAAAAUGUCCGUGAAAUGUUCCACCUUAACUUCUCUCUCAACUUGUAUGUGUUCCACGGUGGCACAAACUUUGGCUUUAUGGGCGGAGCUAUGUCUUUGGAUUACUACCUCCCUAUGGUCACCAGCUAUGACUAUGGAGGACUGCUGACAGAGGAUGGAGAUUAUACACCAGAAUAUUUCAAUUUUCAAGAUUUUUUCCACUCUGUUUUAGAGCUUCCCAGGAUUAUUCUACCAGUAUCUAAACUGAAGACUGUAUACAAUACACUGACAGUAACACAUUACAUAUCACUGUGGAACAUGUUGCCCUACCUGGGAAAGUUCAUCAGGUCUACCAAGCCCCUCAGCAUGGAGACUCUGCCUAUAAACAAUGGGAGUGGCCAGUCUUUUGGAUAUAUACUUUAUGAGACUGUCAUCACUUCAGGAGGCUUCCUCACCUCAAAAAAUCAUGUACAAGACAGGGGUCAGGUGUAUUUGAAUGAGAAGUAUCUAGGAGUCCUGGACCAUGCCAAAGAUCAGCUGUUUAUUCCUGACAAUCAAGACCACAAAGACUACAUGACUCUGAGCAUCCUGGUCGAGAAUCAAGGGCGACUUGCCUCUGGCCUGAACAUCAACACAGAGAGAAAAGGCCUAACUGGGGAUAUCUAUCUGAACAAUUCUCCAUUAAGAAAAUUUAAAAUCUACAGCCUGGAGAUGAAACCCAGCCUCCUCAAAAAGGGGAAUACACCUAAAAUCUGGAAGCCAAUUCUCUACCCACCUCCAACCCCUGCUUUCUUCCAUGUUACCCUGAGAGUUAGUGGCUCACCCAAAGACACUUUCAUACGACUGAAGAAUUGGACCAAAGGCGUAGUAUUCAUCAAUGGCCGCAACCUGGGACGCUACUGGAACAAAGGUCCCCAGGAAACCCUUUACCUGCCAGGAUCCUGGCUAGAACCUGGACAAAAUGAGAUCAUCCUGUUUGAGGAAUUUAAGCCUGGAUUCCAGAUCGAGUUCAGAAGCACACCUUUUCUAGGAUAUUGAAUAUUGAGUGGUGUGACAUAAAGGAAAUUGACUGUAUCGGGAUCAUGAGUACCUACCAGUCCUGACAUAUCCAUCUCCUGGAUUCACCUGUCUUUUUUGUAUACCGCAAACCCUGCUUUGGGUCUACUCCCCAUUUCCUCAUCUGCCAGCACAUUCCUCUUUUACUAUAAACUAGCUGACCUAUUUCUGAUGCUUCCUAUACUUUGCAUUGUUGUACUAAAAACUGUGAUAACUAAAUAAAAUGUUGAGAAAAAAAGCAUGUUCAGGCUACUUGAUUCUACAAUGUAAAUCUAAAGAGA